AUGAGACUUUGCUCAAAAGAAAACGUUUCGGUUAAGACUGUCGUAUCAGAAAACUUGUGUUACAUUUUACCUUCAGUUCAUACCGUCACAUCUUCAGCUGUUCUUCAUCGAAGCACAUCGAGAGAUCGAAGUUCUGUUUCAAAGAUGGGAAUUUGGUUGUCAUGGAAACUGAUAGUUGCGUCGAUUCUUUGUUUGACAAUAAGUUUGCCUUCUUCGGAAUUCUCCGACCCUUUAACCGAUCCCGCCUCGCCUGAUCCUCGCGAGGAUAAACCGCCGAUUAAAAUUUCCUCCGUGCAAUUCGAGUUUGUUUGUGUCCAUAUUUACGACAGUCAAACAAUUAAAAACAGCAAGAAAAUAUAUUUCUACUCGCCGAUGGCUCUGCUAAAUCACAAGAAUGUCGCUUCUAUUCACAACACACCAUCUCUCAGUGUCAGUUUUGCAAUUUGGAAUCAAGAAGUCAGAGCAAAUGUAACCAAACACCUUUCCCAGCUCCUCAGUCAACAGAUCGAGCCCAGUCAAGUGAAAAUCUUUCCUUUCGACAGUGUCAGGCUGACCAGCAAAGUGCAAUCUGCUGAUUUCUCACUGACUAAUGAGUGGCUCCCGUAUGACAAUCAGCCGUCACUCAGGUUCACCUUGAUCUGCCCGACACGGGAAGAUUGCGGUCGAGUGAAGACUCAAAUGCAAAAUUUCCCUAAACAAUUUGAACAUUUGCAACUUGAAUUUAAUCCUAACCUGAACGACGAUGAUUGUGUCAAUGAUGGGGUUGGAAUAUCUAAAGAAAAUAAAUUGCCAGCACAAGACAAAGAAACAAUGGCAAAUUUCGAAGCUAAAUUUGCGAAAGAGCUAAUCGCCAUUAGGGAAGAAACUAAAAAGGAAUUGGCAGCAAUUUCACAGAUGUUUUCAGAUAAAAUAAAAGUCACUGAAGAAAAUCUAGCAGUGGUACAACAGAAGUUUGAAAUUUCCCAAAAAGAAUUGGAAGCCACCAAAACAUUAUUGACCUCAACUAGGAUCGAAUUGAGUCAAACGAAAUCCACCAUCGAUGGUCUGGCGAGAGAAUUAAACGCCCGAACGAGUGAAUUAAUUGACAUCGGUAGAAUGCCAACCUCAUGUGAAGAUUUACAGAGAAUGGGACAAAAAGUCAAUGGAUUUUUUUCUGUUAAAGGAUCAAAGAAGAUGGAAAUGAUUUACUGCAACUUUAAUGCCAAUCAAAAUGACAAGCAAAAAUGGAUCGGGUACGUCGGCGUAAAAUCGGUGCCCGUGCAUUUCUAUGUUCAGAGAAAUUCUUUGUUCAACUCAACUGGCACUCCGAUUCCGUUUAGGUUUGCGCGGGUGAACGAGGAAAACGCCAUGAAUUUGACAUCGGGGAAAUUCACGGCACCGCGACCGGGAAUUUAUUUUUUCUCUUUCGCGGGAGUGGCGCGUCUUGAACGUUCAUCUUCUGUUGAUUUUUUUUCUAAUCUUUAUUUGAACGGAAAUCUAAUCGGGUCGAGUAAUGUUAACGAGGAUAACGGCCCCGUUAAUCAAUACAGUCCGUUGACCCUCCAGUCGACGCUGAAUUUGAACAAAGGCGAUCAAGUCUGGCUGGAGAUUAAUUAUUAUGGUUCAUCCUCGUAUUUGUAUGACAGCAGUUCCCACUACACCCACUUCACGGGUUUCUUGUUGGAGGAGGAAAUUGUUGCGUCCCUUUGAGGUUCAACUUCAUCGGCGACACGAAACAUUUUCGACCCAAACAUUUUUGUUUAAUGUCGACACGAAAUUUUGGGGAUAAGGAAAGAAAAUUCGUUCGACUUAAAUUCAUUAAGGAGUAGCCAUUUCUGUACCAAAAUUUGACUGUGGAUGCAAUUACACUUACUGAAUACACAAAUCAAAUUCAAA